ACAUACGUCAUUAGUCCGCCCCUAAUAUGGUGUGGUGAGUAUAAAAAGUCAGUCAUGCAAUCGCUUGGCACAAAAUUUGCGUACAGUGGUAAUGCAAGAAUCAUUACAAACACAGGUUAAGUUAACGUAUGUGUUAAUGAACUUAAGUUUUAAAGGUAAAAUGAUUUUCAUGUCUUCGAAUCUGAAUGAGGAAGAUCUUCGCCAGCUUCGUUAUUAUUUAGAAGGAUUCAUACCGGUUAAUAGCUGUUCCGAUGCUAUGGAUAUAGUACGAUUACUAGAGAAUGAUGGAAGGAUUUCGUGGGAAAAUGUUAAAUUCAUCAAGAAAGCCAUGGAAAGUAUUAGAAGACAAGAUAUUGUUAAAGAGUUAACGAAGUUUGAAAUAAAGAGAAAUUUGACCCUCCUGUUGGAUUUCUAUACCAAGAACGUUAAUGGAUUGGAUUCAAACUUCUGCGAGAAUAAAUUAGGAAUGAAAAUGAUAGCUUCGCGCUUACAGAAGAUAAUGGAUACUGCUCGAGAGAGUGUUAACGUCAGAAACAUAAGCUCGACUGUUGAAUCCAGCAGAGAUUUAAAGAAAGUACUGAUGACCAUAGAGGAGAAGCUGGAUGAAGAACCAUCGUUAUCAUGGAAUGACUUUACUAUGCUUGUAAUUCUUGCUGGAGAAAUCAUAGCGAUCGCUUCCGCUGAUGAAGAACAACAAGAGUCAUUGUUAGAGCUCUGUACAACUGCUGCCGAUGAGCUCUGCUCUCGAAUGAAUGAUCUGGGAACCUGGGAAGAUUUUAAGAAUCAU